AUUCCACUACAGCACUACCUCUAGCCAGAGCACACACAGCAACUAGAACUCGCACGGAUUACCAUGACGAGCAUCUGCAGCAGCAACUACCAGCAACAGCAGCACUACCAGAACAUCAACAUGCUGCUCCAGCACCACCAGAGCCUGCAGCAGAACCAACAACAGCAGCAGCUCCUGGGCCAGCAGCAGCAGCAGCACCAUCAGCUGAUCGCUCCCAAGAUGCCGCUGGGCAACAGCCAGCUCCAGAACAUGCUGCCAACCAGCCAGUCCCAGUCGCAGCUGGGACCGAUGAUGAAGAAGAAGUACAACUACAACACGGUGCCCUACGGCGAGCAGCUGCCCUCGGUGGCCCGGAGGAACGCCCGGGAGCGUAACCGGGUCAAGCAGGUGAACAACGGCUUCGUCAAUCUCCGCCAGCAUCUGCCCCAGAGCGUGAUCAACUCGCUGUCGAGCGGCGGUCGCGGUGCCAGCAAGAAGCUGUCCAAGGUGGACACCCUGCGCAUUGCCGUGGAGUAUAUCCGUGGCCUGCAGGACAUGCUGGACGACGGCACCGGCCCCCGGCGCCCCAUCUACAACUCGGCGGACGAGAGCAGCAACGACAGCUACAACGACUUUGACAACGGCAGCCUGGAGGACGACAGCAGCCCGCAGGAGCAGUUCCUGGUGGGCCAGCUCAACUCCUACCACUCUGCCUCGCCCACGCCCUCGUACUCCGGCUCCGAUGUCUCCGGCUCCAACACCAACUCGCACUCCGGCUCCAGCUCCAUGGGCUAUGUGAAGCAGGAGCUGCCCGAGCAUGACCUCAAGUUUGAGUCCUUCGACAGCUUCAGCGACGAGCAGCCCGACGACGAGGAGCUCCUCGACUACAUCUCGUCGUGGCAGGAGCAGUGAGUGGAUCUCAGUACCGCCGAGCAGCCAAAAAAAAGAAACCCUGUACAAAUUGUAAAUAGCUCCGAAAAUUGUUGCCUUAGGAGAGAGUGAGCGAAGAAACCAAGUCCCAGAUUCUAUGUUAGUUCGUAAGCAGCAAACCCUUUUUUUUCGAUAGCCUAAGCCACAUGGAAGACAAUGAUAUAAAACCAUUUUUUUUCAUAGUUAUAAGUUUGUUAUAAGCAUGGAAGACACUAAACUAACUAGCUAUAAGGCCCUAUUAUUGAAAUGCAAUAAUAAAACGAAGACACUAAACAUAAA